CUUCUCUGACAGUAAGUCAAAAGCCUCAGCCCUGUUUAUAAUUGCAUAGCAAGCUUUCUUGCGUUGGAUCUUCUCACCCUGGAUUUGCUGCAUGUGCAAUCGAAUCCGAAUUUCCCUUUCUCUGUUCCCGCAAUCGCCGCGCGGAGGAGAUUGGUUUUUCCUCCAUUAAUUGAGGACCUCGAUUGGCUUCCUGCCUUCCUUAGUAACGUUAACGUCGAGUCCGUGCCGGACUCGACCUCCGCCGCCUCCUUCCCCCACACCGUACCACGCAAGGAAGGGAGGAAGGAAGGAAAUCGCCAAUCGGAUCCCGUCUCCAUUUUUGGCAGCGUUUCUUCUAUUUAUACUUCCUCCUCCCUCCUGCCUCCUUCCUUGCAUCGACACAUCUUGCUGAGAAAAGAGAGAGGCCUUGGGGGCAAGAAGAAGAGGAAGGAAGCCUGAUAAGCAGGGCAGCCACGACAAUGGGGAGGCCGAGCAAGGGGCGGCAGCGCAUCGAAAUCCGCCUCAUCAAGGAUGCCGACCGGCUAGAGGUCACCUUCUCCAAGCGCAAGUCCGGGCUUCUCAAGAAGGCCUCCGAGCUCUCCCUCCUCUGCGGCGCGCACGUCGCCUUCGUCGUUUUCUCCCCCGGCGGCAGGGCGUUCGCGCUGGGCACCCCCUCCGUCGACCACGUCCUCCGCCGCUUCGACCCGCUUCCCGGCGACGAGGACGACGGCGACCUCCUCGCGCUACUUCAGGACGGCGACGGCGUGAGUGCUACCGCGGACCGCGGGGCCGUGGAGGCCAUUGUGCGGCGGACGGAGGAGACCAAGGCGCGCGUGGCGGCUGAGAAGGUUCGGAUGGACGCCGUCGGGGAGAAGGUGCGCCAGGCCAUGAUCAAGGCCGGCGGGAAGUUCUGGUGGGAGGCGGACGUGGAAGCGCUCGGGGAGGCUGAGCUGCCGGAGUUCGCCAGGGCGCUCCGCCGGCUCAGGGACAACGUGCAGCGCCACGUGGACCUGCUGUUGGCUUCUGCUUAGUCUACGCAGAUGCAGUUGUGGGGGCUCUGCAAAAGCUGGGUCUUAUAGUUUGGUUAGUUCUUGGUUGUUGCUUAGUUCUUAGUGUGAGGAGGCUCUCAAAGGAAGAAUAAGAUUAGUGUCAUUAGCCUAUCAAAGAACAAGAAAUGGGUACUGUGAUUGGUAUUAGUGGUUAAUUUUGACCUGCUAAUAAGUGAGCAGUGGCUGUCAUAAGAUGUUUUAGUAUACGAAUUCAGUUGCUUCUCUUGAAUAA